CGUCGAGACCGAGAUCCGUGUGUACCUUGUUCACAAUUACAUCGAUCGAGUUCGAGCUCCAAGAAGAAGACUACCAUCCAUGGCAGAAUCUAAGAAAGACGAAGCUUCUCCCUUGCACGUGGUGGUGUUCCCAUGGCUCGCCUUCGGCCACAUGAUCCCCUUCCUCGAGCUCUCGGAGCAGCUCGCCAAGCGCGGGCACAUCAUCACCUUCGUCUCCGCCCCGAGGAACCUCGCCAGGCUGAGGCCCGUCGUCCCGGAGGUCAGGCCACGCAUCCUCCUCACGCCACUACCCCUGCCGCGCGUUGAGGGCCUCCCGGACGGCGCCGAGUCGACGGCCGACGUGUCGCCGGAGAAGGUCGAGCUCCUCAAGGUCGCCUUCGACGGCCUCGCCGCGCCCUUCGCCGCCUUCCUCGCCGGGGCCUGCGCCGGCGGGGAGUCCGGAGAAGGGCACGGCAGGAAGCCGGACUGGAUCGUCCUCGACUUCGCGCACCACUGGCUCCCGCCCAUCGCCGACGAGCACGGGGUGCCGUGCGCGGCGUUCUUCAUCAUCCCCGCGGGCAGCCUCGCGUUCUUUGGCCCCAAGGUGCUCAACGACGCGCACCCGAGGUCCGCGGCGGCGGACUUCACCGUCCCACCGCCGUGGAUACCUUCCUCGUUCUCCCAUCUCGCGUACCGCGGCCACGAGGCCGAGUGGAUCGCCUGGGCGUUUCGGCCCAAUGCCUCGGGCGUCUCCGACGCCGCCCGUGUCUGGGAGACGACGGAGCGCUGCCCGCUCCUCGUGUGCCGCUGCAGCCGCGAGGUCGACGGCCCGCUCUGCGACCUCCUCGGCGACAUCUUCGGCAAGCCCGUCCUCCCAUCCGGCCUCCUCGCGCCGCACGACGCUGCCACCCGCGCUUCCUCGGAUGCCGGGGACGACGACCACGUCGACGACGAGGAGACCGCGGGCCUCAUGCGCUGGCUGGACGCCCAGCCGGGGAGGUCCGUGCUCUACGUGGCGUUCGGGAGCGAGGCACCGCUGGCGCCGGAGCACGUCCGCGCGCUCGCGCUCGGGCUGGAGCUCGCCGGCGUGCGCUUCCUCUGGGCACUCCGGAGGCCGCUCGGGGAGGCGCGGCCGGAGCUCCCGGACGGGUUCGAGGCCCGCGCGCGCGCCGCCGGGCGCGGGGUGGUGCGCGUCGGCUGGGUGCCGCAGGUGCGGGUGCUCGCGCACGCCGCCGUGGGCGCCUUCCUGACGCACGCCGGGUGGAGCUCGCUCGUGGAGAGCUUCCUGUUCGGGCACCCGCUGGUGAUGCUGCCGCUGUUCGCCGACCAGGGCAUCACGGCGCGGCAGAUGGCGGCGCGGCGCGUCGGCCUGGAGGUGCCGUGGAACGGCCGCGCGUUCGCCGCCGAGGACGUCGCGGCGACGGUGCGGCGGGUGAUGGUGGGGGAGGAAGGGAAGGUGCUCGCGCGCAACGCCGGGGAGCUGCGGGAGGUUCUCUGGGACACGGCGAGGCAGGGGAGGUACAUCGACGAGCUCGUCGAGCACCUGCAGCAGCGCGGCCGAGGAGCUUAGGCUGCACCGCGUGCACGAGCACGACGCAGUGCUCCAGUGGCGCCGAGCUCCUGCCCCCUGGUGCUCUAGGUUGUCUGUCAUCCUCACCCCUUCACAUGCUCCGACUAUAUAUCCGUCGAUGCCUUGGUCGAGAUUGUUUGUCGUAUCUUCUUAUGCGUGUGCUAAUUCCACCGUUCGCUGAGAAUGAUAGUAAAUACUCCAUUCGUUUCAAAUUAUAAUUCAUCUGAAUUUUU